UUGACAAGCAUUAAAAAUACUUUUCAUGCACAGCUUGGCUUGCUAUUUGCUGUGCUAACUUCCCUUUCAAUUCAAGGCCAACUUCUCUGUCUCUAUCUCUCUAACGUAACGCCAAAUUACUCUCUCUUUCUCUCUCCCAUUUUCUUUUACUUAUGCCUUUUGGGUUGCAGAGAAAGAACAAGAAAGUUUCAUCCUUUUUUUGUUGCUUUGAGAGUGGCUGAUGUUGUGGUUCUAAAGAGUUGGAGAUAGAGGAAUAAAAAGAAAGAAGAGAGAGAGAUGGGUUCAUGUGUAUCAGUGCAUGAGAGCUCUCAAGAGUCAGCCAUGAAACUUGGACUUUCUUUUGGGUCUAAAACAGAUAAGCUCAUCUUUCCACCUUCACCUGUUAAGGAGAAACAUGUUGCCAAUGGUGACUUUACUCUCAAAUCUCAAAUUCACUCUACUUUUAAUGAUUUAGGUAGUAAAGAUGAAACUUUUUUUGAUUCCCGACCAUAUCUAGAUUCAGAUUGUGAGGACGAUUUCUUCAGCGUCAAUGGUGAUUUUACUCCAUCUCGCGGUAAUACCCCUGUUCAUCAUAGCUUCCCUGUGGUGACACCUCGAGUUAACAAAGCCACUGUGGAAGGGUCCUCUGGGUCAGUUUCUGAAAUAUCCCCAACAGGAAAGAGAAAGAAGCUGGUUGAACUAUUCCGAGAGAGAAUUAGGGAAGACCAAGAUGUUAAUGAGCUAAAUACCUCGAGCAACCAGGACAUUGUGAAUGGAAAGAUGGAAGUCAAACUAGCUAUCCAAGUCCAACUACCUUCAACAUGUGCAGAUGGUAACCCUUAUGUCUCUCGAGCUAGCUCCCUUUGCAGUAGUGAAAGGACUGCUAAUGGAGAUAACCCUAUGCUUAAGGAGAAGCCACUCAGAUCCGUGCAUUGUUGCCUUCCAAGCUUGGUUUCAUGCAGUAGUUUCAGUGAGAGGAAGAAGAAGAUGAGCUCUGCAAUAGCUGUAAAUGAUAAGCCUUAAUUUCCAUCAACUUACCAGCACAUAGGUUAAAGAAGCCUGGAUCUUGACUUCCAGAGAUCAUAUGCUCGAGAAACUUCAAAUUUUUGGCAGAAUCAGUGAAGUAUUUGGAUCAUGGUUGGAUAUAUAUGGGAUUUCUGGAUUCAAGGCAUGUAAAAAGCAUCCCGGUAAAUGUUUGAUGCGAAACUCCUAUUAGGAUUUGACUGUCUCGAUCAGCCGGAAGGUGAAAAUUUUCUUUUCAACAGGAAGUCAGUACAUAACAGGUGUUCUGUAAUAAAAAGGCAAAAGAAUCAAAGGAAAAAUAGUAAAUGACCCUUGUAAUGAAUAUAUAUAUAUAUAUAUAUAUAUAUAUAUAUAUGCUAAGCAAUUGAGGCAUUAUCUGCGCAAUCGACGCUGUUUAAAUCUUCAUCGUGCUUUACAUUUUCAUUUGGAAUGAUAGUAACUGCUGAUAUUAUAUGUAGCUUAUCUGGUUUAUAGGACCGUCCUCGUAGUUUUAUCCUUUUUACCUUAGCUUGCUGUUAUCACGUGCUGCUACAUUUUUAAACAUUUAUGCCCACAAUGCCCUUGAAGACCAAUCCCUGUGGUGGGAGUCAUUAGGCCAAAACUUUGAUAGAUGUUUCCUGUAUUUGUUAUGGUAAUUGGUUGUUCUAAUGAAUCUUUAACAUUUGGUUUAUGGUAGACGGCCUCUCCUGAGAGGAUGAGGUGCUGGGGGAGUUUAUGAGGUGGGUUAAACACCACUAGGGUAAUGACAUGCAGACCCUCAAUGGAAGCCAACUCUUGUUAGGACCAAAAGGAAAAAUGCCAAAUGUCAAACAUACGGAGAUAAGAGUCCAUCUUGACAUCAUCAUGCCAUCCAACAAAACCCAGAAGGAAGAAAAGUUUGACCUGGAACGAGCAUUGGUUGGAGUAUGGAAAUCCAGGCCGCACGGCAGGCUGCUGAAUUCCUGACCAACCACGAUAAAUAUGUAUAUCAGUGCAUGCAUUUGCAGCUUUAAACUUUCCCAUGUUCCAGAAGCAUGGCUAAUGAAAUUAACCUAAACUUUUAACUGACAUAAAGUAAUUUGCAUCUUGAAGAAAGAAAUUAGCAAUAGCAUAGCAUUCUCUUGAAAUUGAGGUACUAAAGUACAGCCACUGAAAACAAAGAUGAGAAAAAAGGAAAGAAACGGACUGACCUCUUUUGUACCCAAAGGUGGUCCAUACUCCAAAUAUGUAAAUAUAUCAGAAUGACUUGCUGACUUUCUUUUCCUUAAUCUGCAGCUAUGGUCAUAUUGAUGUGAUUUCUUGUCUAGGGUAGCUUUGGGCCUCCCAUGAAUAUGAGCCAGUUGGAAGAUAAAGAAAUUUUU